AGUUUGCCUUGCUGGGAAACUGACAGCAAGAUCAGCUGUGAGCAGACAUUGCAGAAAGGGGAGGGGCCUAAGACCGCCUGGACACGGGAGCUAACCAAUGACGGCGAGCUGAUUCUGACCAUGAGCGCAGACGACGUGAUCUGCACCCGAAUCUACAUACGAGAAUGAAUGAGAGACCCCCUCUCUCUCCAUCCCUCCAUCCUCCAUCCCUCUCUCUCCAUCCCUCCAUCCUCCAUCCUUCUCUCUCCAUCCCUCCAUCCUCCAUCCCUCUCUCUCCAUCCCUGCAUCCUCCAUCCCUCUCUCUCUCCGGGGCCACCUUGACCCCCAGCGCCCAAUCACCCUGAGCCCCAGGGAGGGAGAGCCCGUAGCCCCAGUCCCGACUGCACCAGUGUAUAUGCAUAAUACUGUAUACCAUAGCUUCAUUAUGCCACUAGUCUUGCCCUACAGUAUGUUUCACAUGUAGUCCUUAGUUCAUAGUCUUUGCACGCGGUAUUUUUAGCUUCCCUGAAGCUGUGACCCAUUUGGGGUUGUAAACAAAGUGUUGCGUAUAUGUUGUGUCACAUUUCUUGGAAGUCUGAUCGUCUGCAUGAGUACCAACUUAUCGCUGUGUUUCCAGAAGAGAUAGCGUGCGUGCGAGCGUCUGCAUGCAUGUACUUGUGCAUGUGUCCGUGUGCGCGUAUGUGUGUGUGAGUUUGUGUGUAUGCGUUUGCAUGCACAUCAUGUACUAUAUUUGUAGUUGUGUGUAAGCCAAUCUCUGAGCCCUUCUAAUCUUAGGUCAGUUGUGAUGUGUCCAUUAUCUUUGUUCCUGUCCUACCCACCCUUCCCCCUUCUUUUCUAUCAUAUUUUGUAUUUAUUUCUAUCCACUAGUCUCAUACAGCACCCUUAGGGUUUUUCACUUUGUGUCUCUUUUAUAAAAAAAAUGUAUCAGUGUAAGCAACACUCGAUGGAGGACAAUAAACUACAAUGUUGACUCACACAA